AUGCGGCUAAUCACCCUAUCUCUACUCUUGGGUGUCGCUCUCGCCAAUAUCCAAUCUUCGGUGAUCGAUCUCAACGAGCGCUUUCUUGAGGUGAAAGAUGAAGGAUUUUGGUUUGUAAAGUUGUUUGCUCCGUGGUGUGCCCAUUGCAAAAGAUUGGCUCCGGUUUGGGAGCACGUUGCUCAUGCAAUCGCGGAAUUGAAUUCGCCGAUUCGUAUUGCUAAAUUGGAUUGCACUCGAUUUCCAUCCGUUUGUACCGAGUUGAGCGUUCAUGCAUAUCCGACUUUAAUGUUUUUCCGAAACGGUAAAAUUUUAAAUUAUGAUGGUGAUCGUAAGAAGGAGGCAAUGAUCGAUUUUGCGGUUAAGGCGUCAUCACCAUUGGUCCAAGAUAUUAAAGACAUGGUGUUCUUGAAUGAGAUUCGCGAGAAAUCAAAGGAUGAUCCAUCAUUUGUGUUUAUCGACUAUGAUGAGACGACAGAUGAAACUUUGUUAAGGCUUCGAGAUGAUUUUGACAAAGCAGCCGAAAAUUUAUUUGGUAAAACGAGGUUUUACAAGAUUCGACGAUCCAUUAUUCCGCCAGAACUACGAGAGGAUUAUCCCGGUCUCCGUAUCUUUGUCGUCAAAGACGCGCCCCCGACUCCAUUUACUGAAUCUCCGGAAUAUGUUCACGAUUGGAUUUUGUCCGAACGUUGGCCGCUAUUACCGCAAGCUACAGGAUCAAUGAUUCCUGAUCUGGCAUCUAGCAACAAACUUCUUGUAUUGCUAGUUCUGGCAAAUGCGGAUAUCUCCACACCAAACUCCCCUGUUGCAAUUUUGUAUAAAAAAGGUGAAGAAGCAGCAAAGCAAAUCCGAACUGAUCCCGAUCUCAGAAGGAGCUAUCAAUUUGCUUGGCUAGAUGGAAAUGAGAUUGCUAAUAAUAUCGUACUAGGCGACGUUGAAAUCCCAGGAAUUUUGUUGUUUAAUUACACAUCGUAUGAGUACUAUUUGACCAGUGAUGAAAUCGAGAAAAUCACAGCACCUUCCAUUGUUACAUGGCUGCGAAAUUUAAAAGCAGAAGGAGGAGUUGCUCUUGGCGGGCGAGGCGUAGUUCAAAGAGUGAAACGAAUUGGCUAUGAAGUAUUUACAAAUGUUCAUCAAAUGUUUGUCACGCAGCCAUUGCUUUCAACAUGCUUAUUUGGUGUUCCAAUCGCUUUUCUUUCGAUUAUUACUUACUCGAUCUGUUCUGCCGAUUUUGCCGUAGAUAGAGAAGAUGUUUACCCAGAAAGUGAAUUCUCGGAUGAGGAGGAAACUAACGAGCUUAGUGGAACACAAAUGGAAGAAUUGGAAGGUGAAGAACGUGCAGCAUCAGUUCCAGUCGAUCCUUCACACCCAAAUCCCAUUUUCGAUGUGUUUGCACUUUUGUGUCAAACUUGUGAGGGCGAACUUUGUGCUAAUCCGGAUCGUUGGGUGAUCGACGUUUGUCCACCAGAUACACGAUUCUGUUAUCGGUUUGUCGACAAAGAAGAUAAAGUAUUCCGACGGGGUUGCACAAACUAUGACUGUCAAUCGAUUGCCGGUAUUCCGUAUGGGACAACAUGUAACACUUGUGACAGUGACAAGUGCAAUGGAAUGAGGCCAGCGCGUGCUGAGGGCUCAGGAGGUGGUGAUGUGUGGAAAUCUGAGGCAACAACUUCUCACCCCUUUGCCACUUCAAUCUUUUUCUCAAUCUUGCCUGCUCUUUUCUUUAGA